AUGACCAGCCCCUCCUGGAGAGAGAGAGAGGGGCUGUCAGGCCUUUACUAUUCAUCUGUUGCCUCCAGCGCCUCCCCCUCCCUCCUGUGCAGGGAUGCUUACAGUUCCCAUGGCGACAGUGGACCACGCUCUCAGCAGCCAGGCCAGGGAGGAGGAAGCCGGGAGCCACCGACAGAAGCGGCCCCAACACACCUGACAGCCAAGAAAGAGGACACCGGACGACGAGGUGGCGACGCGGGCUCCUCCGGGCUCCCCAGGGCUCCUCCAGGCUCCCCCGGUCCGGACCCACGGAGGCUGCAGCCCGUGCCCCGGUGCCCCAGCGUCCCGCCGCCGCCGCCGCCGCUCACCUGGCAGCCACAGGCGGCCCCCGCCCUGGCCCAGGCUCAGGUUCAGGCUGGAACUCGAGCGCAGCCCUCGGGCGGCGGCGGCGGCGGCUUCCGACGUUUGCCCCGGACUUUGCCGCCUCCGCCUCCUCCUCCUCUUCCUCCUCCUCCAGACCGGCGCCCCCGCCCCCGCUGUCUCCUCCCCGGCCCUCGGUGCUUCCGGGUGCCCCGCCCCCUGACGUCGGGAAUUCCCCCCCCUUCACUUCCCCGCCUUGCAGAAGCCCACGUGCGAGGCUUCCCCGGACCCAGACCCCUCCCAGUCCCGCGGAGACGCAAAGGACUUUCCAGCCGUCGAGCCUUCGGUGGGGCGGGGUGGAGGGGGGGAGAGCCUAGAGAAGGGGUGGGACGGGGAGGAGAGCAGACUGGGCAAGGGGGGCAGGGGCCCAGGGCAGCGCAACUGGGGGCAUCCCCUGGCACAGGACUUGAGGAAGUCUGCAGGAUGCCUCGAAGCUGUUCAAGGUGA